UUUACCGCAGUUUAUUAAUAAGAACAAUGGAAAGGUGGACAGGUCGAGUUGCUCUUGUAACCGGUGCUUCUGUUGGCAUUGGUGCCGCUAUUGUGCGACAGCUUGUUCAAAAUGGCAUGAAAGUUGUAGGCUGUUCUAGAAAUAUCGCGAAAAUUGAGGCUCUAAAAACGGAAUUAUUAUCGGCCAAAGGCCAGGUAAUACCGGUGAGAUGUGACCUAAAAAAUGAACAAGACAUUAUGGAUAUGUUCACAAUGAUCAAACGAGAUCUAGGUGGCGUAGAUGUUUGUGUCAACAAUGCUGGAUUAGCACAUGAAGCUCCAUUACUGAGUGGGGAAACAAGAGAUUGGAGAGAAAUGAUUGAUCUAAAUAUCAUUGGAUUGACAAUUUGUACGAGAGAGGCUGUCAAACAAAUGAGGGAAAAAGGUGCAAAUGAUGGACAUAUAUUUCUGCUGAACAGUAUGUCUGGUCAUCUAGUAGGCUCUUCAGCUAAUGGGCAUUUUUAUUCAGCUACUAAAUUUGCUGUGACUGCUCUCGGAGAAGGUAUCAGACACGAACUUCGAGAAAUGAAAUCACAAAUAAGAAUCACGUCAAUCAGCCCAGGUCUAGUUGAAACAGAGUUUGCCGUCAGGAUGAGAAAAAGUGAGGAAAAAGCUAAAGCGUUAUAUGCAAGUAUCAAGUGUCUCCAAGCCAAUGAUAUAACAGAUCAUGUCCAGAUACACGACAUUUUGAUUCGUCCAACAGACCAAGUCAGCUGA